AUGCCGCAAUCAUCACAAAAGGUUCCAGCGGCUUGUUCACCAAUGCAACGACAUUAUAGUAACAAAUCUGCGGGGACUAACAGUAAUAGUAGCACCGAGUCGUACAUUGAGCUGUCACCGAUUCGCCGUCGUGAGAUCAUUAUAAGUGUUAAUGAAUCCGUGCAGUACGUGAUGGCGUCAAUGCUGUCGGACAGAGCCAGCAAUGUGCAGUGGAAACCGAAGUUUCGUAGGAAGGAUAUCUCCUACUAUUUGGAUGAGAUGAGUGUCAAGCCAGGACAAACAAGAUUUUGUUGCGUGAGCCAUACCCAUGCGACAGUGGAGGAUAUCAUGAAGCUUUUUGUCAUGUCCGAUGCUGAUUCAAUGGCUCGGAACAGUAGAGUGCUUUCAGACAACCUGCUGGAGACUCAAAUUCUGUCAGUACUGCGCUGGCCGACUACAGAGCGACCAAUGAGCUCCAUGUACGUGCAAUACGCGUGCUAUCAAAACCCGGGCUUGAUGCAGGACCGAGAGGUAUGCGUUGCUGUUGCCACAGACAUGAUUCGUCAACCUGAUGGAUCGACUAUCGGCUAUUGUCUGUGGGAAACGGUUGAUGGUCCAGAGUUUGCUGAGAUUACUAACAAGUGUGAGCCUUGCAUCAUGUUUCGUUCGGGCUUUUUUCUCCGACGCCCAGGCCGACGACACCAGUCGACAACUGAUAAUUUGAAUCAAAACGACACGAAGAUCGUGUACAUGAUAGGUUUAGAGCCUGGUGGUUGGGCACCAGGCCUCACUACCAGACUGCUGAUGGAAAAGUUUGGCUCGAAUCUUACCCGCCUUUGCUCGCACUUUCGCCGCAAGCAGCUGGACUCGCGCACGUUUGUGAUGAAAACCGAGUGGUUAUCAAAGAUGUCUGCGAAGAGCUGCAAACAGUGUGAGAAACAGUUCCAAAUGCUGUCGAAUCGUGUGAAUUGCCACUCAUGUGGCCACGUGGUGUGCAGAUCCUGUGUUUCCAAGGAGCUGGUGGACCUGCAUGCUGUUGGCCUUGUUCCCAUGAACAUUUGCUUCUGUUGUCUCGAGAAAGCUGGACUUCCUACAUCGUCACAGCAUGCACGACCCAGUUUGGGAAGAAGGCGUCUGCGGUCUGACAACACAAGCGCUCAUCGAGUCACGACGUGGCAGCCAUCGUCUCAACCGCAGCCAUAUCGUCAAUCCAAGUCAGUUGUAGACACUGAUUUGAUUGCAGAAGAUGACGAUGACUCGGAUACUGGGGAGUGGGCUUUUACGCCUUCGGGUGUACCAAUUCGACCGUAUCGAAUGGCAGUAGAAUGA